AUGUCUGUCCCGAACGAAGAAACCACCGCGGUGGACGCAUCCGCUCCUGAAUUUCUCCUGGACCAGCAUGUCAAGUACAUUCAAGCCCUCGACACCAAAAAGAACGACCUCGAGUACUGGCUCACGGAGCAUCUCAGGGUCAACGGACUCUAUUGGGGAGCAACAGCACUUCAUAUACUCGGUCACCCGGAUGCACUGGACCAGGAACAAAUUGUCGAGUACCUCGUCAAGUGCCAACACGACAAUGGUGGAUUCGGAGGCCAUAUCGACCAUGACCCUCACAUCCUGUCGACAUUGAGCGCCGUUCAGAUCUUGAUUACAUACGACCGUCUGGAUGCAAUCCAGGUGGACAAGGUUGUUGACUAUAUCGCGUCGUUGCAAAACGAGGAUGGAUCAUUCAGCGGUGACUCGUGGGGCGAAACGGAUACUCGAUUCAUCUUUUGCGCGAUCAACUGCCUGAGCCUGCUGAAGAAACUGGACGACAAGAGGCUGGAUCUGCAAAAGACCAUCGACUAUGUGGUCCGAUGCCGUAACUUUGACGGCGGAUUCGGAUCAUCGCCCGGGGGAGAGAGCCAUGCUGCUCAGGUGUAUGUCUGUGUCGGAACCUUGACCAUCUUGGGCGCACUGCAUCAUGUUGAUGCUGACCAGCUAGGGUGGUGGCUCAGCGAGAGACAGCUCAAGAAUGGAGGAUUGAAUGGUCGACCAGAGAAGCUGGAGGAUGUCUGUUACUCGUGGUGGGUUCUGAGCAGUCUCAGCAUGUUGAAUCGGACCCACUGGAUCGACGCACCCAAGUUGAUCCGCUUUAUUCUUGAGGCCCAGGACACAGAGACGGGUGGAAUCGCAGAUCGCCCAGGGAACAUGCCAGAUGUGUUCCACACGGUGUUUGGUAUUGCAGGAUUAUCGCUUCUAGGAUACCCUGGACUGGUUGCAGUCGAUCCUGUGUACUGCAUGCCUCGUCAUGUUAUCCAGCGCAUUGGCUUGAUCGAAAAGCAUUAG